GCUACUAAUCAAAACAAGAUCAACAAUAUUGUCAAUCUCUCACAGCAAGCACUCAGCCCAGCCGAGGAAUCAGUCCUUUCACGUGGACUGUCAUUCUGCCCUGCCAAAUCCCCACACAUGAUUCAGUUCUACGGGGACUUGGAAGCAUUUUUCCGCCGUUUACGCCUGAAGGAGUAUUUUCAACACACACAACAACAAGACAAAUCAGAACAAACAACAACUUCACAACACAACACCUCUCAACCCACUGGAGAACAACAACCACCCUCCCAACAGAACACUGACCACCAACUACCUCCGAAAAGUGUUACACAAAAAGGGACUCCACAUGGACCCCUCCUGAUGGACGCAAUACCACACUGGACUUGUACAUUGACUGCUUCCGCCACAGAAUCCAAACAGAUGUGA